UGGCGGGAAGAGGGCAGAAGAGAUUGAGCUUUUGAAGAAGAAGGUUGUCUUCCCGUGUUAGUUUCAGUCAAAGUACAACUCAACAUAACAAUACUGUAAUUACCAGAGUGCAUUAAACCAGAGAUACUGAGAGGUGUGGGCGCUUCAGGAGUUUCAGCAGAAGGACGUAGACUGUGUUGCCGGCUGCAGCGGAGGGCUGAGAGUUAUUUAUGCCAGAGGUCUGGUAUAUGAGGGACGAUGGCUGAAAAGGAAGGAGAAUAUAACUCACUGAUCGAUGCCAUAUUGACCAAAUAUGGAAACAUGGAAUCUGGUCUUCAUGAUAUGGGAGAUGUUAAGGUCUAUUUCAGUGCUCCUGCAAAGAAAUCAAAACCAACGCAAGAUGACACAACAGAUCUAAAGCUACCUAAUAUCUUGGUCCUGAAUCGAUGCAAGAUCCAGAGAGCUGGAGAUGAAGAAAAGCUGGCUGAACUCUGUAAACGUGUUCAAGAGCUUGACUUAGCUGAGAAUGCUCUAGACAACUGGCAAGAGGUUGUGAACAUCACCAGUAAGCUUCCGAGUUUAGAGUUCAUCAACCUCAGCUCAAAUCCAUUACACCUGGCCCCACCCCUAGAAACCCCCUUAGCAACUGCAGGAAGUCUAGUCACUAUGGAUAAUGUACAGCGACUGGUUUUGAAUAAUACCAAACUAUGUUGGGAAUCUAUACAUAGUCUUCUCACUGUUAUGCAGAGAUUAAAGGAACUUCAUCUAAGUCUGAACGAGUUGAGCAAGGUAACCCCAGGAGACUGCACUCACGGGAACCUGAAACUCCUUCAGUUCAAUAACAAUCAAGUCAGAGACUGGCAGGACAUAGAAAAACUAGGUAACAUGUUCCCUGAACUUGAGACGCUUAUCCUCAUGGAAAACCCUAUCACGACAUUAGGGAAUAAUCCCGGAGAUGCAUUCCCAAACCUCAAGGUUUUAUGCCUCAAUGAGACGUUAGUCGAUUCGUGGGACGAACUAGAUAAGUUGAAUGCAUUCCCUUCUCUGACGGAAGCCCUGGUCAAGGGCAUCCCAUUGCUGUGUGUGACGGGGAAGGGGGAUAAGGCAGAGAAGCAGAUUAGGCAGCUGGUUGUCGCUAGGUUGGGCAACCUAGAGAGACUGAAUAGGAGCGUUAUCACAGAGACCGAGAGGGAGCAAGCGGAGAGAAUGUUCAUCAGGAAGUUUAGAGAUGGUGAUGAAAGACCUACAAGGUAUGAUGAACUGAUCGCUAAACAUGGGAACAUCCAAGAGCUAGCCAAGGUGGAUCUAUCCCCACGCACUACUUACGACUGUAAAAUCUCAUACAAUAACAAAUCCUACGACAUCACCAUCAACGUCAAAGACAAUGUUCGACAACUCAACAAGCAAAUCAGCGCCAUCAUCGGCCUCCCACCAAAUAAGUUCCGCGUGUACUUCGAAUCUACCGACAAAUCACACUUGUAUAGUAACGAGUGGCUUAGGUACCCUAAUAGGUUUUUACAUAAUUACAAGAUUAGCGAUGGUGAUACUUUUGUCAUUGCCUGCCAUUCAUAGGAUAUGCAGUAGCUGCUUAUCAAGGCCAGUGUUCAGAAGGUAAAUUGCCAACUCGUCCACUCAUUACAUGGUCUACCUUCUUUAGUUUAAUGCCAUCAACAUUUCGUCUCACAACCAUUUGGUCCAAUAACCAUUGGUCCAGUCAUCACUUCAUCUAAUCACCAGUUCGUCUAUGACCAUUUCGUCCAAUAACCAGUUGGUCUAAUAUCCUUUACAUUUUCAUUCUUUUCGCGCAAUAUACACUUAGUCCAAUUAUACAAAUGGUAUAUGGACUAAAUGGCUAUUGGACCGACUGAUUAUUAGACGAAAUGAUGAGUGAACAAAAUAGCAAUUGGACCAUGUGGAUAGUGGACAAACUGAUGGUAGACCAAAUGAUAGUAGACAAGUUGGUAAUUGGACAAAAUAGCAUUAGACCAAUUGAAAAUAAACCAUUCUGAAUAGGACAUAGCAUUAGCAAUACAAAGGUGAGAAAACCUGGUAUCUCAUAAGAGUUAAAGGAGUGGUGAUUGACCAUGCUGUCCCUAAGUUAGGACUACUGGUAACGUUUUCUGGUGCUAAAUCCAAGAGCAGUUUCACAAAGCAUUAACCGCUUGUCAAGACCAAAUGCUCUGAAUAGUAUGUGAAUAUGCUAGGGGUGAGGAAACCUUGUAUCUCAAAAGAGUUAAAUUGGCUGAUGAUUCAUGAGGCAGUUCCUAAGUAACAUAGCAGCUUCAUUACUCUCCAAGACAACGUGUACGCCUUUUGGGAGAGUACAUCUGCAAGGUUCAAGAUUACUGACCCUUUCUGGUGCUAAAUCCAAGAGCAAUUUCAUAAAGCUGUUCGAAAGUUACAGACUACUGCUGACCCCUUCCCUCGCUACACCUUGGAGCCAUUUCAUAAUGCUCUUCAUAAUUUAUGCAUGAUCGGUGAUCCUUUCUUGCGCUAUUUAAGAGCUCCUCCCGAAUACCCUGCUUUAGUAUAAUGGGAGUGAACUAUGUGUAAUUCUCUUCAAAUCUUGUAAAUAAUAAACUUUUUCCUCAAAUGUUUGCUAUCAAUGAGAAUUUUAAUCUACAAAAAAAUCUGCUUUACAUAUAUAGAGCAUCUGAUAAGCAGAAGGAAGGGUCACCAGGGGCCAGUCUUUCAAAAAGUUGUGAUUAAUUCAAUCAAUCGCAACUAUGGAAAGCCAACAAAGUCAACAUGAAAUGCAUGUUUGCUCAAGAAUUUCUCUGCAUAUGAAUGUAUAUCCAUAAAUUCAUUGGUGUGUUCUCCUUUGUUUACAAAGGACAUUUUGCAAAUUUCCUGUAGAAAAAAUUAUGACACUGAUGGGGUUCCAUAGUUACGUUUGAUUGGAUCAAUCAUAACUCUUUGUAAAGACGGGGCCCAGUAGUGCAUAAAGAUCGGCAUAACUUACACACGGCUUUAUGAAGUAGUAGUGAAAGUAGUUCAGUCAUUCUUCAAUCCUGGUGACCCCAUGGACAAACUUUCUCCAUGCUGUUCUAUGCUUGGUUCUCUCAAAGAUUUUCCAGUUUCUUUAGUAAUUCCUUCCAGCCAUCUAUUCCUCUGUCUUCCUCUUCUCCUUCUAAGCUUUAUGAAACAGCCCCCAAAUUAAGCCCAAGAAACGAUCACCCAUCGUUUGUAAAGCCGAGCAUAAUAUAUGAACAGCUUUUGAAACGGCCCUUAGAUUUAGCACAAGAAAUUUUCAAAAGUCAAGCGUAAAGUCGGGCGCUUUAUGUGAACAGCUUAACGAUGCACCCAUCGAGUGAUGGCUGUUGUUCCACAGCCGUUGGGACAUUCCGCCUUUCAACAUGGUGUCAUGCUUUUAUUUGUUGACCUUGAGAGCUAGGGUUCUACUGGAUAUCACUUGAUUAAAUACAUGUAUUUAGUCAUUAAGACCAUGAAAUGAUAUUUCUCCAUUAUGAGAUAUAAGACCUUGUCCCCCACCGACAAUAAACCCUUUUUUAAAUUUAGAUUUUUCAUAUUUUCAUAAGAGAUUUUGAAGAUGAUGUGCUGAUGAUUGGUAUGAACUGUGUGAACUCUUACCCAUUAACCAAUAUGCAAAUCAAAAGUUGAUUUUCUCGAAGCCAAAUUAUUCAAUAGUUUUCAUGGUUUAAACUUUUUUGACAUUGUUGAAAAGCUACAACUGGCCCAAUAUAGAGUUCAGUUAUUUUCUUAGAUAAAUCACAACUCUAACUUUAUACAUGCAGCUCCAACUUGCCAUUGCAUAAGUUUUUGUAGGCUUAGGCCCUGUUCCACAAAGCCUAUUCAUUAAUCAUACAGUUAAUUUGUAUGCUUGAUUGCACACAAUAGGCAAUGCAAUCAAUCAUGUUUAAUAAUCAGUGCUAUGAGCAAUCGCCAUGCUUUUAGUUACUUGGCUUUAGGUCCAAGGUACAUUACAGAUAAAACAUGAUUUGGAGUUAACUCAGUUUCAUUAGGCAUAAAAAAAAUGUUUUAUGUACAUACGGGGUGGAUGAUUGGAGUAUAUUUCUUUAUGAUGUGAUGAGGGUGAUCCUUUAAUCCUGUAAUUGUAUCUAUAUGAAUUUCUCACUGUGCACAUUGUAUAUCAGACUGCCAUGAACAGAAAUAUUUGCCAUUCAAUGCUAAGUACUUUGCCAAGAUAUUUAUACAUUUCAUUUUGAUAUUUGAUACGAGUACUUUAUCAUUCAAAGUAUAGUUCAGUCUGUAUAUUAAGUCAUGUAUCUGUUUCACAGAUUCAAUGGCAAGUAAUCCGAACUCUGGUUUAAUUUCAACUCUGGUCUAAAAUUGUGUUCUCCUUUCUUUACAAAGGACAUUUUGCAAAUUUCCUGUAGAAAAAAUGAUGACACUGAUGGAUUUCCAUAGAGUUACGAUUGAUUGGAUCAAUCUUAACUCUUUGUAAGACGGGGUCCUGUACUGUUGGAGAUUUGUGUAAAGAAAGGAGAAUACCCCAAAUUGUCAAGAAAUCAAUGAAUUUAUGAAUAUACAUUCAUAUCUAAAUUUUUUUUAAACAAACAUGCAUUUUAGAUGUUGACUUUGCUGGCUUUCCAUAGUUGUGAUUGAUUGGAUCAAUCGCAACUCUUUGUAAGACGGGGCCCAGGUUUGAUUUAUAUUUAAUCUGUUACUCUCAGAUCAUUUUAAACAGUCUGGGAAAGUGGGAAUAAUACUUGAAUUAGUUUACCUUUGCCAUUAGAGAGCAUUACGAAAGAACAGUCUGAAUACAAGAAAAAUACACUGCUAUCAAGAUUUUGACAUUUUUUGGCAUCGAUUAUUUUAGCACAGAGUUAGACCAUGGCCUAAGUAGAACCCUGCUUCAGAAUACGGGCCAAUAAGUCUUAAUAGAUGUAAUGUUUCUUCCAAUGUCAUCUAUUUCCAUGUAAAACAUGGAGAGAUGUAUAUAUACAAAGCUUUCAUUGCACUUAUUAUAUAUUUGAGAAGGGAAGGUGGGAGGGGAGUACAAUUUCCCAUAAAUGUAAUCAUGCGCAGAUCCCAUUUUUAAAAACCUGACAGCUGCCCAGUUUCGGUUGUGCAGUAAUUGACACGCAUGCAUGAAUACUAAAUGAAAAUUCCUGAUUUUUUUUUACAUAAUGAUGUGCUUUCAUUAUAAUGAGAGCUUUCAAUAAUACAUUGCUCUGUUUAUACACUCAGAUGGAAUAAAUGUUGUUAACUAUGUUUAAUUACAAAUCGAUUUCCAGUGAAGGAAAUUAGGGGCCUUGUAAUAGCAGAGUGUUAUAACCUAAUGUGCCUUUACAUAUUUGUGAUAAACUUUCAUAAAAUGAAAUCGCAACUGAAGGAGCAAGGAAUAAGUAAUGAAUUCAAAUCCCUUUAUAUGACAGUUGGAGCAUGCAUUCCUAACGAAUGUCUCCUUUAAUUAAUGCCUUCUGAUAAGCAUUGUAAAUAUAUGCAAACAAAAACAAAACAAAAAUUGUUGACCAUAAAAAAGUGAAAUUUUAUCAGCUAUUUAAGCAGAUAUGAAGCAUAUAUGAAGAAAAGUUUGUUGUAAAAAUAGCAGAAAAAAAUAAUUUAAAAAAUAUUGGCGAAGGUUUGAGGAAAAUCUGAUAAAGAUUAAGAAAGUUAUUUGAAUUUUAAGUUUUGGCCCCAUAUGUAAUGCAAUAUAAAAUGCAUGAAUUUCA